UAAAAUGGAUAGGGCGCAAAGUGCAAAAUGACAGACACUAGGGCGCAAAGUGCAAAGGAAGCAGCCCAUUUGUGGAGCGCCAAGAAGCCAUUUUGAACUUAAUGCGAAAGCCUUUCUCUCACCUAAGCUCUAAGAUCUCUCUCUCUCUCUCUCUCCACAGUGGUGUUCAUGGAUCCACAGAUUCGUCACCAUUUUCAUAAACUAAACACUAUCUAAAUUUUCAUUUCUCUUAUAUAUGGAUAUGCACGGAUAUGUACCGAUAUUUCUAUCAGCGAAUUGUGCACUACUGUAGCGAACAAAUUGGAGAGAAAUGCAAGUCGCAAUUGAUCAAUGGAAAGUGAGACGGCGAACCUUCUAGAACGCCAACCAGCAGCAGCAGGGACUAAGCCCAUUUCCAUUCGUCCGUCAGAAUCCGCCAACGUCAGCCGUUCGUUUACAACAGCGACGCCUUCAUCUUCCUCAUCUUCUCAGUCGGAUUUAAUCCGUCACAUUCAAGCCAUCAAACGCCCUCGUCCGCUCGGUACAAUGCAGUCAAAUGUUCUUAUGCCAAGGAGAUCGGUGGCUCCUCAGCGGGGAGCCUCAAAAGGCUCUACUUUGAAUACAGAUUGUGCACUUGAUACAAAGAAGACCCAAGAUGAGAUUUCUCUGAGUCACAGGCUAAUGGAAUGUAUUUCACAACCAAAGAACAUUGGCUCUGUUACUGUUGAAGCUCAAGAGGAUGCGAUGCUACCUUCAGAAUAUGGUUCCACUGUGGAUGCACAUGAAGAGAAUUAUAAUUCUUUCAACAGUUUGAGAGAUCAACCCAGAUCCUUUACUGGUCGUAGAAGCAACAUCACAGCUGCUUCCUCGGUUACAGAGUGUGAACAUAUUUUAUUGGCUGAAGGGCAGAAGAGGGUCCAUUUUGCUGCUGAAAGCACUUCCAAGUCGCAGGAAAUGGAUUGGGAUGUAGGCAAUCAGAUGGAGGCUGUGACUGCUGCUAGCCAAGUCUUGAGAGAUCAAAAUAUCCAAAGCACAGAUGUGGAUGGUAACAGGAAUUCUUCUCUAUUGGAAAAUAGAACAUUAGGAGCUGCAGAUCAGAUUCACCAAUUCAGGAACUUCUUACGGAGUGAUUUGAGCCAUCCUAUGACUCAAGCUUCAGUCGUUGGGUCAUCUUGCACUACGACAACAUUGAUAAACUCCACAUCUGCUCACAUGCUAAACUCAACAACCUAUUGUUCUCAACCUCAUCUAACGAGCAACUCUAUGGAGUCUCUGGGGGAACCUAAACUUAAAUCUGAACAUCAGAUGCAGCCGUCAUAUCCUUUUCCAAAGCAUGAAAACAGAUUUUCAGUUGAUCAGACUGCUGUGGCAGUAGCUAGUUCUACCAUUGGAACUGAUUCAGAAUUUAAGAGACCUAAUCUGGCUGAAGGACAAAAGAGUAGUAUGCCGAUUACAGGUGACAUGCCUAAAGAUACUUCCCCUCUUGAAGAUAACUCAGCCAAAGAAUGUGUCACCGAUAUACAAUCAGAAGCUCCCUUGUCAAAAGUUUCAUCUUCCAAUGUGAAGUUGGAACCUUCUAAGUCUAAAAAGGAAGAAAAAAGCAUAGGCAGUAAGGCGCCAUCUUCUUCUCGUAAAAAAAGUUAUGAUCCUGAUACUUUUUUCAAAGUUAAUGGAAAGCAUUACCAAAGGCUUGGAAAGAUAGGUAGUGGUGGAAGUAGUGAGGUCCACAAAGUCAUUGCAUCAGAUUGCUCAAUUUAUGCUUUGAAGAAAAUCAAGCUUAAAGGUCGUGACUAUGCUACUUCAUAUGGGUUUUGUCAGGAAAUUGAGUAUUUAAAGAGACUGAAGGGCAAGAACAACAUUAUUCAACUAAUUGACUAUGAGGACGGCGAUGGUAGUUGCUCAUCAGUGAACAUGCUGACAGAAAUAGUAACAGCAGUUGGAUUUGCCUAG